GCCAUCGUGGAAGUUAUUCAGCGCGUCACACGUAACAUUACACGAUUAGUUCGUUUCCAGACAGCGCGUUGAGUGGAGUUUCGACACAGUUACAAAUUCGCACGGUUAUCGAGUAUAUAUUAUUUUGUUUUCUUUCUCUGCAGUUCUCCGUCAGAAACAUAAACUUUUAUUCAACAGACCUAACCUUUCCUUUGAAACCGUCUUCCUCACUAAUAUGUGAAAUUUUCUGAUAAACGCGAAAUUAUCGUGGAACGACGUGCACUAGCCACCGUUAUUUACGAACACAGUCAAAACGAGAAUGCGACGACAACGAGAAACCGAAUACACGUAAAGAAGCCAGCUGUUCGAGGCGAACGACAAUCGAAUGAUUGCUCGAAUAAACGGAGCAGUGGCGUCGCUUGCGAACGAACGAAACAGAGACGAAUGUGUUCUUGUUCAGAGAAGGAAGGACAAUCGAACGAAAUCGUAAAAGUCGAUUAAAGCAUCCGCACGGAAAGCUACAUAUAUUCGCCGUGUCAAGAUUUUAGAGAAGUAUACAUAGUGGUGUAUACACAGUGCGUCGGCCUGUGUGUCUGUGUAUAUGUGUAUACGAGUCGCAUGAUAGUUUUCCUUCAGGCAGAGCGGGAAAUAAGUAGAUUUUCGGUCGCGGAUUGAAUAUUGAUAUCGAAAAGAUGUGGCAUUCGCCGAGAACGACACCGAUGGAGAGCAAUGUUCCAGAAAACGAACAACAACAAAAGUGCGAAGAUCAACGUAAUUCGAGCCACGCCGAUUCCGGAUUUCUCUCCAGUGGGAAUCUCCAAAUUAGUUCGGAGCUGUGCGACUACGAAUUGAAUGCUGCAACAACCGCACCCGUCGCCCCGGAACCAAUGAGAGCAGAUAGCGGCGUGGAUCUUGGCUUAAGCGAAAGCUUGAGCCAGCUUACAUUGAAACAAGUUACAUUAAAUCCUCUGGCAAGCGGCAAGGUUCAGGUUGAACCUACCGUCGAAUUGACUCCGGUAAUCUCCGAGAAACCCGAGCAAGAAGAUGCUUCAACGUUGCGACAUGAGUCGCAUCAAUCCCUUGACAAACCGCUCAAUAAGGAACCUUGGCAACUCUACUAUACUCAGGACGACGAUGGUGACACGCUACUUCAUAUGGCCAUAGUGCAAGGCUUUCUGGAAGCUGCGUUCAGCUUGAUAAGAAUGGCGCCACAUGCCUGCCUUUUAAAUAUCCUGAACGAUGACUGCCAGUCGCCCCUGCAUCUGGCCGUAUUGACACGACAACCAAGAGUCGUUAGGCGGCUUAUUUUGGCAGGUGCAAACCCGGCAUUGAGGAACUUCCGCGGAAACACAGCUCUUCAUUUGGCGUGCGCUACCGGCGAUCUUGCCUCCGCAAAGGCACUUACCGAUCCGUUAACACACGUUGAAAGGAAUUAUUUACACCAAGGAAAGGAAAUACCUGCCCUGCCACAAAACCUAGAACAAAGGAAUUACGAUGGAGAAAUGUGUUUGCACAUAGCCGCCUCAUCAGGUCAAGUAGAGUUGGUACGGCUUCUGCUACGCCUCGGAGCGGAUCUUGAAGCCAGAGAAGCAUUGGCGGGGAGAACAGCUCUUCACCUCGCUGUGGAGCAUGGGUGUCGGUCAGUGGUCGCGUUCCUCCUUCAGGAGUGCAAACCUUGCUUGGAUACGCAAACCUACGCCGGACUCACUGCAUAUCAGGUAGCUCUGUGCUACGAUAUUCAACUCGCAAGGGAAUUAGUAAGACUGGGCGCAACACCGGAACCGCUUCCAGAGUCAGAUUCCGACAGCAGUGAUGAAGACGAAAGCUCUGCAACUAAUAAUUAUUUGCCCGCGAUCGUGAGACUUCGACAAAACGUGGUCGGUGUCAAAGUAUAGAAAUAUUUAUCGAUACGUUGACCAAUUUAACAAUUCGGUUUGUUGUACGAUGAAUUAUUUAAUUGAUUAUAAUAUCAUCGAGAAAUCACUAUCGACGAUGUCUUGACAAAUGGUCGUGAUGAUACAUCACGAUACGGGUACAUAGGGUAGACAGAGAUAGUUUGAACUUCGACAAGUGCAAGUAUUAAUCACAUCAAACCGAAUAUGUUUUAUUUACUUAAAGCUAAUUAGCAAAAUCAGUGUGAAACGUAUUGUAAAAACGAAGAAAACGAAAGAAUACACGAGGUAACGAAGGACGAGCAAAUAUAUAAAUAUGUCUAAUACAAAAGUGCUUCAGUAAGAAGCAACUAUUAUACUUCGGUAACGAGAGAAACGAUAACGUUCGAAACAAAUAGAAUCGUUGCAAUAUAGUAGAUAAUCGACUGCAAAGGAUUUACAUUUACGCUUAGGAGAUCGUAGGAUCUCGUCCUGUAAAUAUAGGAGAAAGUAUCAGACUUUUUUAUUCGAAUAGUGUGAGAAUGUAGCAGUGACAUCCGUACGUUUGGAAGUGAUUUAAAAUAAGAAUCUACGCUGAUAUAAAAAAGUAUAAAAAGUAGUAUGUAACAGAACAUUCGUAAUUUCAUUGUUCAUUUUAAGGUGUACAUACACAUAAUUUAUGUUAGAUAAAGAGACCGAAAUAGCACUUAUGAAUAGGACUAUUUAUCAAAGAACGUAUCAAAGCUGUACGGAGCUUUAUUACGCCAGAAUACUUCGGUAUUUUACUGUGAAUGUUCAACGUGUAUUAAUUUCCUCGUUUCCCCUCUCCCUAUUGUUGUAUAUAGUCAAGUUUUGUUAGUAUCGUAAAUAUGUUGUUUUUACGGUAUCAGCAGUAAAAGAAGGAUAACAUUAACGUUGUUACAUAACGACGAUAAUUAUUUUUUAGUAAUAAAAAGUCUUAGAAAAUUUA